AUGGUAUAUUCAGUUUGCAAUGAGUCAAAUAUUUUACCUUAUGAUGAAUGGAUUAAGUUAGAAUCAGUUAUUACCUAUAGUACUACUUAUAAUGAAACUUACCACUGGGAAUGUGUUCAUGGCGAGAGAGGUAUUCUAGAGUGGAAAAGACCUUCUAGCUCUGCUUAUAACAACUAUAGCAGCAAUCGUGCCGGAAAAAGUAAGAUUCCAACGUAUAGUACGCUCAGCGGAUCAAGAAUUUCAACACCUUCAGCUGUCUAUUCUCGCUAUGGACAAUCAAGGGAUUCACAUUCCUCACGUGACAAAGGAAGCUAUAGUGGUCGCAGUCGUGGCUCCAGCUACAUUUCUGAUUGCGGGAACUCAAACAAUGCAACUGAUUAUAACUAUGGUUCUGGUUUUGUAUCUGAUUACAAACCCGGUUACACCUUAGACUACAAUAAGUCAGGUUGCAUUUCAGAUUAUGGACGCUCAAACUAUGGUAAAACAAGAUAUCCAUCUGACUCAGGUAAAGCAAGUUACUUUAGUUCUGGUGAGUCAUACAGUCUAUGUGGAAACGCAAGUGACAGAUAUCUUCCUACGGCAUCACCAAGGUUUACUUAUGGUUCUCAUUGUCGAAACACAAGCAGGGAAGAAACUAACUCUGGUAAGAAUACAUACUCUAAAAGCACUAGCAGAAAUGAUACAGGGGGUAUUAAAUCGUAUAAUACCUACACACGGUCUCAUAGUCAUGAAUACCCAUUGUCUACUUACACCAGAUCAAACAACAAAGCUGAAUCACAACCAAACUAUUCUCGAAUAAACAGUAAAGCUAACUUAAGAACAAAUUAUUGUAGAAGUGCUAUUAACGAGAAUAUUUCUGACCCAAGGCAGAGUAGGAGAGACCUGAAUCCAAAUCUUUCAACGAUAAACGAAGACGUACCACGCACUUGCAGAAAAACUAAACAACCUCCUUUAGCCAAAUCAAUUAAAAGUGCAAAGGUUCUUGCAGAUCCUAUGUCAGAUUCUGAAGUGGAAGAAAAAUCUGCAUCUGAUGAAGAAGAAUUUGUGCAUUGCCGAGCUACAUCGCCAUCUGUUGAAGCGAAAUCCAGUGGAAACCAUUCGAACAUUAUAUCUGCUCCAAUGAAAAUGAAAAAAUCGGUAGUUGGAAAGCAUGCUUCCGUAAAAAUGAUGUCGGUUGGGCAACAGGUUAGGGCAGAAGACUUACUUGAUUCACUCUCUCGUUCUAAUAACACUAACUGUCGCUACACAUCCUCCGCAACUAGAGCGACACCUCUGUAUUUUGAUAAGUACUACAACAAGUAUGCUAUGCCUUCCUAUCGUUCCUGUAGGCCUUCAACUAUCAAUACGUCAUUAGACCAUUCACUACGAAAUUUAAAACAAGAAAAAACUGAUACUUUUUCUACGUCGUCUAAUAAACUUGAAAUAACUCCAAGCCUAACGCAAAGAAACUUGUCAAAUGUUGAAAAAGAUACCCCCUUCUCAUCUGUGAUAUCAGCGAAAGAUAAAAAUUUACAAGAGAGACAAGAUUCAAAGGAACAUGACAGGAACAAAAACUUUAUAAGUUCGGAUAUAAACGUAAAUGAUGACAGCAAUUAUGAAAUUCAAGACGAUAAUCACCAACAAGAGGAAAAACACAAAUGUUCAUUUGACGAAAAGGAUGAUAAAAAUACCUCUCGUUCCAGUUCAAGGAACAAUAUAAGAAGUAAUGAAUUGACAAGUGGCAAAGAAUUGACUGCAAGAUUGGGUUCCAAAAAUAAAUUUCCCAGAAGAAACGAGAGUCCAGAAAAUUUGACAGAACUUAGAAAAAAUGAAAGUUCGAAACGAUCUGAAAUCCUGGAGAACCAUUUAUUGACUACCUUAUCCAGUGAGAAUGACUCUGAUGAACCGAGUAGUAGAUGCAGGACUUUAAAUACAAGUCAUUCAAGAAGAAGAAAACGAAAAAGUUCUAGAGAUAAUAUUUUGUACGAAGGAGAAAAAGAUAAUUCAAGAACAUUCAGAGAACUUCCUCCAAUACCAACUGGAAAAGAAUCUAGUGAAAACUUGCUGAGAAGUAAAUCAUAUUUCUUGGACCAAGAAUUAUCAGGAGAUACAUUUUGUUCUUCUCAAUAUGGACAUUAUGCAGAGCUCAAACAUCAGUCAUCAUUUAAUGAUUUUAAUGAAAAAGUUCCUCGUGAAUUAGAAUCUCGGUCUAGUGAAACCAAAAACAUCACUAACAAAACCGGACAACGAGGAAAGAAGGAUGAACCUGAGCAAGUAUCUUUGAGUAGAGCGGACAGCAGUGCAGAAGAAUCAAAAACUAGAAUACCUGUAGUAGAUUCUGAGCAAAAUAUAAGUGAAACUAAUAAAAAUAUAGAUGUGCCUGACAAAGAUACUAAAAACUGUGGUUGUUCUGCAAAACAUGUUUCAAAGUUUCGACUACAAGUUUCUGUGGGUGAUUUGCCUACUAUUCAGAAACCAUCUACUGUAACUUGUGUAAAUUACACAGAGAUAGAUACAGUAAAACAAGCACAUUCAAGUCAAAAAAUAGAAAAAUAUUCCAAGGAGCCGUUUCCAAAUGAGAACAGUGAGACUGAAAAAGAACAAUCAAUGGAGAGACUGGACAGUUCGGGAGAGAACAAGGAAGAUGAAGAGCGAUCUUCUUCUCCCUAUGACAAUGUCGAAGCAUUUUGUUUUAAGCCUGUUUUUGAGAGUUAUAAAGAAACUUCUAAAAGAGACUCUGGAUUUUCCGAAAUUGCACAAUGUAGUGACUCUCCUUACGACAAUAUUUGCACAGAUUCAUCUCCUUUAUUUACUUUUCAUCCAAUUGAAAUGCCCGAAAAAGCACAUAAACAACAACUAUUCCAAGCUGAAAAGAAGAGUAAAUCUGAAGACCAAAACUCAGUAUUAACACCAGAAGAUGAUACAAAAAUAAACUCAAACUUAUCAAAAUGUACCAAGAAUGCUUAUUUGUCAAAGUUUAUUAGCGAAUGCAAGGAUAUUGAUUAUUUACUGAAUGACGUCAAAGGAGAAGAUCCGGAAACAUUUGAAGAAUUUGAAAAUAAAUUUAAACACGAAAAUAUGAUUAGUGCUACUUCGACAAUAUCACAGGAAGAACAUGAAAACGAUGAAUACAACAACGUACGCUCAAAAGAAAAGAGUGUUAGUGCUGAAGCGCAACAAAAUCUGACUCUGUUUAUUGGACAGUGCCAGGAUAUUGACGAAAUGCUUGGUCCACUGUCUACUUUUGUUCCUUAUGGAUUAGCUAGCCCUACAGAGCCAUUUAGUGCCAAGUGGCAUGAUCAAAUAGAAACUCCUUUAACCCAGAAGAAGACAGAAGAGGACAGUUACGAUUCUUUAGAAGAAGAAAAGGAAAAUGACCUCUUAGAAGAAGUUGGACCUUCUGCAGUGAGGGUGCAUGAAUCAGAAGCUCAACAGCCUCAGCUAGAUUCAUACACAGAAGAAAUAGAUUACAGUGCUGUUAGAAUUCGAGAAAAUAGAGCCAUGAAUACGGAGAUUACAGAAUACACAGAAGAAAUAGACUCUGGAAUAAAUACAGCUGGCCAGCCACAACUUCUACAUGGAGACAUUUCCAAAAAUAUAAAAUAUUGGUUAGAGUACCAGAAAGUCUUAGAUUUGCUUCCAGAAUAA